AUGCAGGCUGCGUACAUGGUCGAUAGCGCGGACAAGAAGUCGCCGGCGACGAUGACCGUCCGACAUGAUGAUGAUGGCAAUGCGGAACGCGGCGAGAUACUGGUCCCAGGCACUGGUGUGCGUAGGGACUUGCAACGAAGGCACAUCAACAUGAUCGCCAUCGCCGGGAUGAUCGGCACUGGUCUCUUCCUCGCAUCAGGACAAGCACUCGCGACGGGUGGGCCUUGCGGUGCCUUGUUCGGAUAUAUCGUCAUGGGUCUUAUUACGUGGGCUGUUGCGUUGAUGACGGGUGAGAUCUCAGCGUUCAUGCCCGUAACUGGCGGCUUCGUACGACACGCGACGAAGUUUGUGCAGCCGGCCUUGGGGACGGCCACGGGAUGGAACUUCUGGUACACCAUGGCAAUCACUGCACCUGCGGAGAUCUCUGCUGCUGCAACCGGUAAACAAAGCCCUCUGUUCCACGGCGCAGAUGCUCCGAGACAAAGAUCUCCGGCCGUAUGGUUCACGGUGUUCAUCGUAAUCAUCAUGGCGCUGAACUUCUGCCCCGUCAAGACCUACGGCGAGAGCGAAGUCUUCUUUGCGGUUUUGAAGAUUUCUUUGAUCAUAGGCCUGAUCAUCGCCGGCAUUGUGGUCGACCUAGGUGGCGGGCCUAAUGGUGACCGGAUCGGAUUCCGGUACUGGAAAUCGCCAGGGCCAUUCGUAGUACACCUGGUGAAGGAAGAGAACACUGGCAAAUUCCUCGGAUUCUGGAGCACACUUAUCAGUGCGGCGUACAGUUAUGCCAACGUGCAGGUGAUCGCGCUGGCGGGGGCAGAAACGCAGAAUCCGAGACAGAUCAUCCCAAAUGCCGUCCGGAUGACAUUCUGGCGCGUGUUGAUCUUCUACGUGCUAUCCAUGUUUGUCGUCGGUCUUCUCGUUCCUUCUGACGAUCCAAACCUGGGCAUCUCGACGGGCACAGCGGAGCAGAGUCCCUUUGUCAUUGCCUUCCAACGUGCGGGCAUCAAGGUCCUGCCGAGCAUCAUCAAUGCCAUGGUCUGUACAAGUGCAUUCUCAUGCGGCUCGUCAUGCGUAUUCCUGGCAUCGCGAACUUUGCUGGGUCUUGCAGAGGAUGGACAAGCUCCGAGGUGGUUCUUGAAGACCAACCGCUUCGGCACCCCGUAUCUUGCCGUGUCGGCCAGCUUGGUCUUCACUCCUCUGGUGUACCUGGCGCUCGGGAGUAGUAGUAGCGUUGUGUUUGGCUGGUUUKUGAAUAUUACCACGGUGGCGGGACUCAUCGGAUGGCUGGUGAUUUGCGUCACCUAUCUUCGCUUCUUCCACGGAAUGCGAAAGCAGGGCAUCUCCCGUGAUCGCUUGCCCUACAAGAGUGCUCUACAGCCAUACGCGGCGUGGACCACGCUUAUUACUCUGAUCGUUGUGGUGCUCACUUCGGGCUACAGCGUCUUUUUCCCCGGAAGAUGGAACACUUCGACCUUCCUUACCUACUACAUUGACAUUGCAAUCUUCAUCUUCCUGUGGUUAGCAGCACUCGUGUUCUUCCGUGACAAGUUUGUGUCCCUCGACGACAUGGAUUUGUCGGAGGUUCAUCUCAUCGAGCAGGAGAGGGGUUAUGAGAAGCAGAACAUGGCUAUGCAAGCGGUUGCGUCGAAGUCAUGGUGGAGGCGAUGGCUCAUAUAG